CAUUUUUGGACCGCCGGCUGCAAUUGUGAAAUAAGUCUCGUUAGCUGACUAGGAGUAGUUAAUAAAUACUGCAUAGAGGAGCAAAGCUGAAAAUCAAACCAAUGUACCAGUUGUGAAAGAAAAAUAAGUAGUAUAAAACACUAAAUCGAAAUGGCCAGCAAAAAGUACAGUGACGUGAAUCUAUACGAUCUGCUGGGCAUUUCCCUCGAGGCCGAUCAAAAUGAGAUACGUAAAGCGUACCGCAAGAAGGCCCUCGAGUGCCAUCCCGACAAGAAUCCGGACAAUCCGGCGGCAGUCGAGCGCUUCCAUGAGCUGUCCAAGGCCCUGGAGAUUCUCACGGAUGAGUCCGCACGCGCAGCAUACGACAAGGUGUUGAAGGCGAAGAAGGCGGCGGAGCAAAGGAGUCGCCAGCUGGACGGAAAGCGGCAGAAGCUGAAGCAGGAGCUGGAGGAACGCGAACGGGCGGCACUGCACAAGCUGGCGAAGAGCCAGCCCUACAGCACGGUAGCCAAGAGCGACGAGGAGGUGCUGCAGGAGCAGAUCGAGCGGCUGCGACGCGAGGGUUCCCGCCUUCUGGAGGAGGAGCAGCGCGCCAUGCAGGAGCAGUUUCGGCGCAAUCAUGCCGAGAAACAGAAGCUCCAGCAACAGCCGGUGCAGUUCGAUUCCGCCCAGCAUCGCAUCAAGAUGAAGUGGAAAGCCGAACCCGGCCAGGAUUACACACAGGAGGAGCUGCUCAAGUACCUGAAGAAGUACGGCGACGUGGUGGCCCUGGUGGUGAACAGCAAGCGACGCGGACGCGCCAUGGUGGAGCUGGCUACGCGCGAAGCCUGCGACAUGGUGUUGGCCUACGAGAAGGGCGAUCCUGCCAAGCCACUGCACUUUGAGUGGGUAACGCCGCCGACGGCGGACAAGCAGGCAUCCAAAUCCGCCACCAGUGCGUCAUCCACCGACUACGAAGACCUGGUCAUGCGGAAGCUGCGCCAAGCUGAGGAACGCAGGCGACUCAUUGAGCAGAUGAUGAAGGACGAGGAGGGCGAAUGAAAUGAAAUUGUGUUUGGUUAAACAACUAAUUUACCAUAAUUAGGCUACUCAUAAUCUUUUAAUGAUUAACCAAAAAAAAAACACAACGAGAAACUAGCUGAUUCUAUGAUCAAUUUACUUUACACAAGAGAAGAAAACCUAACUUAUUUUACUGCAAAUAUAUAAAAAAUAAAUAUUUUUAGGCAAAGAAGCUUAAGAAAAACACUUGGAAGUAAAAUAGAUUUAUUUUAAACCUUUUUUUUAAGACUACUUAAAAAUGGAAGUCAUAAAAAAAAAAUGAUAUUAAAUUACAUAUUUACUAAACUAAUAAGUAAAUUGAACACAUGAAUCAAUUAGAAUGAGAAACGAAGCAACAUUUUUAAUUUGUUGUAUAAUUGGUUUUAAUUAUUUAUUAAUAAUGGAAAACCCUUAAUAUAAAGAAAACAACAUUUUGAAUCAGAAUACUGGCGAUUUUUAGGUGCUGAGCAAAUACAACAAGUUGGCAGGCCCGCGUGCCAGCUGCUGAAAUUUGUUAAUUGGAAAAAGAAAUGCAAAAAUGCCACGGGAGAGAAAUAAACUGAAUUACUAAGCCAACUAAAA